CUUGCCAAAUCUUGUGCCAAAGUUCAAUCCUAGCUUCUAGCUUCCUAAGUUUCCUAAUGGCUUCGAAUGGCAAAAGCCAAAGUUACAACACCCUUGAGCAUCAAACCCAAGUGGUGGUGGUUAUGAUACCUUUUCCCGCACAAGGCCAUCUCAAUCAACUUAUGCACCUCUCACGCCUAAUCUUGUCACACAACAUACCAGUUCAUUAUGUUGGCACUGUCACACACAUUCGUCAGGCCACAUUUCGAGACAACAACUCUAUUUCAAACAUUCAAUUCCAUGACUUUGAAGUUCCAUUUGUUUCCCCUCCUCCCAACCCCAACAAUACAGAAACCAAUUUCCCAUCUCAUCUACAUCCUUCCGUUGAGGCCUCUUUACAUCUUCGGGAGCCUGUGAGGAAACUUCUUGAAUCCCUCUCAUUUCAAUCCAAAAGGGUCAUAGUCAUCCAUGACUCCCUCAUGGCAUCAGUGGCACAAGAUGCCACAAACAUGCCAAAUAUUGAGAAUUACACUUUUCACAGCACAUGUGCCUUUGCCAACUUCAUUUACUUUUGGGAGGAAAUGGGAAAGCCUUCAUUUGAAGGCUUGCAUGUCCCAGAAAACCCUUCUCUUGAAGGAUGCUUCCCAAUUGAAUUCAUGGACUUCCUUACUUCAGAAUUUGGAUUCCUCAAAUUCAAUGAUGGCAACAUCUACAACACAAGUAGGGCGAUUGAAGGUUCUUACAUUGAGUUGUUGGAGCGUAUUAGUGGUGGCAAGAAGGUUUGGGCACUAGGGCCAUUCAACCCUUUAGCCAUUGAGAAGAAAGAUUCGAAAGGAAGACACUCAUGCAUGGAGUGGCUUGAUAAACAAGAGCCAAACUCAGUCAUAUAUGUGUCUUUUGGGACUACAACUACUUUGACAGAGGAACAAAUAGAACAAAUUGCAAUUGGGUUGGAACAAAGCAAGUGGAAGUUCAUCUGGGUGCUAAGAGAUGCUGAUAAAGGAGACAUCUUUGAUGCAAAUGAAGAAAAAAGGCAUGAUCUUCCAAAUAGGUUUAAGGAGAGAGUUAAAGGGAUAGGACUUGUUGUGACAGAUUGGGCACCUCAAUUGGAAAUUCUGAGCCACACUUCAACAGGAGGGUUUAUGAGUCAUUGUGGAUGGAACUCAUGCUUAGAGAGCAUAACAAUGGGAGUGCCAAUAGCAGCAUGGCCUAUGCACUCUGACCAGCCAAGAAACACCGUUUUCAUGACUGAGGUGCUCAAGGUUGGUUUGGUUGUGAAGGAUUGGGCACAAAGGAACGUGUUGGUUAGUGCUUUGGUUGUUGAGAAUGCUGUCAGAAAGUUAAUGGAAACAAAGGAAAGUGAUGAGAUGCGAGAGAGAGCGUUGAGGCUUAAAAAUGCCAUUCACAGAUCCAUGGAUGAAGGUGGAAUUUCUCACGUGGAAAUGAAAUCUUUCAUUGCUCAUAUCACUAGAUAAUCCUAUCAAUUUAUGUGAAUGUGGUUCCCGGUUGAAGAUAGCAAAAUUUAACAGUUCAUGACGUUAAUGCAGAAUACGUUUGGCAUAAAAAAAAUACACAUAAUAUGUUUGUUUCUCGAGGCGUUAUCUGGCAAAGUUUCUGGGAUAAUUAUCUAUGUUAAGCCUUUUAAUUUUCCGAAUUCUUAUCUUUACAUUUCAGAACAAUCCUUCUAUGAUGUCAAUAUACUUGCAUCGACAUGCAAAUUGGAGUUAUGAAUUUAUCUAUAUAAUGCAAGACAUUGUUUUACGUUU